UUGGCGGGGAUUAGCAUCCGCGGCAGUCAGCCAGUAAACAAGUUCGCCGGCGAGGCGGCAACCCUGUCUCUCUCUCUCUCUCUCUCUCUCAGAUUAAUCAACGCUGUUGCCAGACUAGAAACGGAGUGUUGGCGGAGACUACAAAGACUUUUCUUCCAGAAGCAAGUUACGAAGAGGACUGCAGUUGGAAGCAGGAGUAUGGACGCAAAUGUUACACCUCAUGAUCACAAGGAUCAAGAAGAAUAUAUUUUGCUUGAUCUGGAUGGUGUUUCUGGGAAUCUUGACAUUCCUCCAAAUGCUAAAUAUGUUCUAACUAAUUCAAAGGAAAUGAAUCUUGUUGCUCUCAUAUAUUUUUCUCUGCUUUUUGCAACGGGCCUAGAUACAUUAAACCCUGUGUUGAUCAUUGAUGACAAAUUGAAGUUGGUUGGGGAGUAUGAGGAGACAAUUGGAACAUGUAUUGUCUUUACAGAGGAAGAUACUCCUGUUAUUCAUGAAGAGACAGGACCAUCUGAAGUGAAUCUUUUCUCUGGAACUAAGAUAAUUGAUUCAAGUCAACCUCCAAAGAAGCAAGUAAAACCUUCGUGUCAACUUCACAAGGUUCUCAAGUUCAGAAUAUCACCUGAUUCUGAAAUGGAAGCUGUAACCACCAAGCAAGCUAAAUAAUUUUACUAGGAUAUCGUUUCCACAGCAUUUUGCUAUUCAUAGCUAUUAAUGAGGAUUGGUGCUAUGCCUUUCCUGGAAUGUCGUAUCCGACGAUAUUGAAUUGCACGUUUUUCUUGUUGGAAUAUUACAAAUUACAAUAGUUUUAUGACA